AUGGACAUCCCAGACUUAGCAUGGUUUAAGGUGCUGCUUUUGGUUGCAAAGCACUCCUCUGAAGAUCUGUACAGCAUGACGGGGACAUGCAAGUUUUUUGAAGAAAUGCUGAAUGAUCCUGAGGUUUGGCGAACCGUGUUUGUAGAGAAGUACCAGUGGCAUCUUGAAUGGGCAUAUGGAAUCCUCCUACAUUGUUGGCUUGCUAGGGCUGGUGAACCCUACGGAGGGCGAAGAGGAUGUGAUGGAAUGGUUGUGCAUCUAAGCAAAAAGAAGAAAAUUGACAUGCAAGAAUGCAGGGCAUCAUUUUUUAAUCGACUGAUGAGGUAUACCAUUUCGGGCGUGAUGACUCCUCCAACUCUUGCAAAGUUUACUGCUAACAGAAAUUUUUUUCUUACCUGCGUUAACUGUGAGGGUAAUCGGGAGUGGUAUUUCAAAUUCUCAUGGGACUGGGCGAGCGACUACUCUGACAUGGUAGCUACCUGGAACUACUGUGAACCCUGCAAAUGGAAGAGGGAGCUGUACUGCUUCCAGCGCAAACUCCAUAGGGAGAUGUGUUGGAUUUAA